AUGCAAAUAGAUGGACCCCACACGGAGGAGGAAGCAGCCCGCUUCUGUGCCGCUUUGGAGCGCAACACCACCCUGAUGGAAGUCCUGCGCCGCGCAGCCACCCUGAACCUUCCGGGCUGGUACCUCGCGGCCGGCGCUUUAACCCAAUCAGUCUGGAAUUAUAUCACCCACCAAGAUCCCGAGAAAGGCAUCGACGAUUACGACCUCAUCUACUGCGAUGACUCAGACCUAUCCUGGGAAGCGGAGGACUUCGUCAUUCAAGAGGGCAUGAGAAUUUUUGCAGACCUGCCCACAAGAGUAGAGAUCAGAAACCAGGCUCGAGUACAUCUUUGGUAUCCGCAGAAGUUCGGCAUCCCGUGUCCACGACACACUUCGACCGAGGGAGCGAUAACAUCAUGGUUGUCGGGGACGGCGUUAUUCGGUGUUCGGUUAUUGGCUGAUGGUGACUGGAAAGUGUUCGCUCCCUGGGGCUUUGCGGACAUUCUCAACCUGACCGUGCGACCGAAUCCCGCAAGUGGAAAUCGUACAGUAUAUGAGAAGAAAGCCGCGAGGUGGCAGGCUAUCUGGCCAGAUUUGAAAAUCAUUCCGUGGCCAGCGACUCCCUCAUUGGAUGCACAAGAAGAGGAGGAGGAGAUUUGUUAG